AUGGCCGAUGUGGUUCUGCACUAUGGUCCUGGAUCUGCUGCUGGACUCGGUCUGUUGGAGAGGACCGAGAAGCUCCUGGAGUCUUUCCCCUGCAGGACUCCGCCGGUCUUCUCUCCGUGGUUCACCGACCGCCACCCGCCCAUCAGGCCGGCCAGACCGGCUCCCGUCAUCGUCUGGCCUGCCGGUUCCCGCGUCGACCGGCCGCGGGAACCAGAAGUUCCUCGCCCCGCUGCCGACAGGUGUCGUGACACGCCACCGCCUGGAAACCCACCGAAACCCGAAGAUGAGACGGGACACAAAGAUGGCGUCCCCCCCGCCACGGACUCGCCGCUCAAGCGCUCGUGGAGCGUGUUCUUUCAGAGAGGAGGUCUGCAGGCGGAGACGCUAUCCAAACCGUUCCGGCACGCGGUCUCGGUGCACCGGCUCCACCUGCACCAGAGGGCCAAGUGGGUGAUCGGGAAGCAGAACUGUGGGGGGGCCAGAGACAUCGAGCAGGUGUGGCGUAAUCUGAGCCGGUGCUCCCGGAGCUCCGACCUGCCGACGUGCAACGCUACCAUCCGACGUGACCGGGCUGAGGUCUGGGUGUUCUGUGACGUGGGCCGAUCGGAGCAGGUGGGCCGCUUCCUGAACAAGGAGCUGCAGCUGUCGGGGGGAAUCGAACUGUCGGUCCACGGCCGGGGGAACGUCUUCAGCUUGUAG